GGUAUGGACUUUUUUUAUUUAUUUAUAUAGUUAUAAAAAUUUUUGAUUUCACUAACUUUUCUUAAUUUUGAUUUUAGGUGGUCGUUUCAUAUAUCCCGUACUCAUACGGCGCACAAUGCUCUACGCAUAAUAAGGAACGUUUUGGACCGUAUGCAGUUAAAUGAGUUUAUUUGGACUCCGUAUAAUAAUAUUGCCGUCGAGCUUGAGGCAUUGCCCUAUUAUGCAAUGCGCACAACGUGGAAUAUACGAUGCCCAUUGAUCAAUUAUUCGCUGGUGGAGAUGCAUCACCCGGAGAGGGUUCUUCGCCAAUUUGGCUAUGUGCAAGACAUCCCCCAAAACCCAUUGAUCAGUGAGCGUCGUUUACACUCAAUAGAUAGGCGAGGACGUCAGGACAUGGACUGGGCAACGUUUCACGCGGACUACAUUGCGAAAUGGAACGAUGUGCAAUCAAUGGUGGUGGAAGGACCCAUUAUUGAAGGUGGUCGUGAUACCGUUCCUGACUAUAUGAACUGGUAUCAUCAAAUUACUCGGGUCCAAAUUUCACAAAACAUAUUGUCUACGAACACGCCGGGUUAUCGACCGACUGACACCCGUGAUUGGGAAUAUGUGUAUAAUAGAAUGGAGCAGCUAGUGAUUGAUUGUGAAAAUGCCGGAGAUGAUCAGCAGUCGUUAAGAGAUACUCGAGCGCGAGCGCGUACGAUCGGACGUGAAAUUAUGAACUUUUCUAGUUCACGGUAUCCAAGCGUUCGAGUUAGACCGACAGACACAGCUCGUGGGAACGCAUUCACAGAGGCUGGUCCGUCGAGCGUACAUGCCGAGGCCGGUCCAUCUACUGGUCGGACAGAGGCUGGUCCAUCGAGCUUUUAUCCGGAAACAGGUCCAUCGACUGCAUAUACUCCACAUGCUCCAUAUCUGCCAUCAUUUGACGGUACAUUUACACAUAAUUUUAACCCGCAAAUUCGAAGACAAUAUGAUGCAUCACCCGUUCCAUUCGAAGACACCGAUGUGAACACACCCGGUGACCAAAGAGAUGAUAAUCCUCCCCGAAGGCACAGAAGACGUCCACGUUGUGGCACUGGAGGGCAUUAUUAGCUUU